AUGUCUCAACAAUCCUCUCGCAGUUGCUCUAGCCACAGAAAUUUUAGCUCUGCUUCAAUGCCAAGGAACAUGAGUAGGCACAGUGUGAGCUCUACUAGGAGAAAUGUUAGUGGUGGCUCUUUUCUCCAGCCACACUACAGCAGAAGUGCCUAUAAUGUUGGCUCUGGAGGAACACAGAAGAUUUCAGUUGCAGGCUAUCAUCCCGGAAUGAGUGGAUAUGGACAUAGUGGGGCUGGUGGCUUUGGUGGCUUUGGAUCUGGUAUGAGAGCUGGUUUGGGAUCUAGCUAUGGGGUAGGGGGAGCUGGUUUUGGUGGUGCAGGCUUUGGUGGAGCUGGGUAUGGCGGAGCUGGCUUUGGUGGAGCUGGCUUUGGUACUGGUGCAGGACACUGUGCUAUUACAAAUGUAACUGUCAACCAACAACUCCUGGCACCACUCAAUUUGGAGAUUGACCCAAAUAUCCAGAAAGUACGGAAAGAGGAGAAAGAUCAAAUCAAGACUCUAAACAACAAAUUUGCCUCUUUUAUUGACAAGGUGCGCUUCUUAGAGCAGCAGAAUAAAAUGCUAGAGACCAAGUGGUGUUUCCUGCAAGAACAAAAAACUGUAAAGAGCAACAUAGAACCACUUUUCGAGUCCUACUUAAGCAAUCUCAGGAGACAGUUGGAAAGUUUGGGAAGUGAGAGGUCACGCCUAGAAGCAGAGAAGAAGAACAUGGAGGAUUUAGUGGAAGACUACAAGAGAAAGUAUGAAGAUGAACUCAACAAGCGUACAGCUGCAGAAAAUGAAUUUGUUGUACUUAAAAAGGAUGUAGAUGCCGCUUUUAUGAGCAAAACUGAUUUGCAGUCCAAGGUUGAGUCACUGACUGAUGAGAUCAACUUCACAAGAACUAUGUUUGACAUGGAGAUAAACCAGCUUCAGUCUCAGAUCUCUGACACCUCAGUCAUUGUGUCCAUGGAUAACAGCCGACAAUUGGACAUGGAUGGCAUCAUCGCAGAGGUCAAAGCUCAGUAUGAGGAGAUUGCUAAGAACAGCAGAGCUGAGGCGGAAACCUGGUAUCAAUCAAAAUAUGAAGAGCUGCAGGUUACUGCAGGAAAGCAUGGGGAUGAUCUGCGCAGUACUAAGAAUGAGAUUGCUGAUACCACUAGAGUUGUCCAAAGGCUCAAAGGAGAGAUUGAAAAUGCCAAAGCCCAGAGAACCAAACUAGAAUCUGCCAUAACAGAAGCUGAGGAACGUGGAGAGAUGGCUGUUAAGGAUGCCAAGAAUAAGCUGGAGGAAUUGGAGGAAGCUCUUCAGAAUGCCAAGCAGGACAUGGCUCGUCAGUUGCGAGACUACCAGGAACUGAUGAGUGUCAAACUGGCUCUGGAUAUUGAAAUUGCCACCUACAGGAAACUGCUGGAAGGGGAGGAAUGCAGGAUUUCAGGAGAAUGUGCGGGUACCGUAAAGAUCUCUGUUGUCUCAUCUUCCGUGGGAGGUGUCACAUCUCACAUGGGAGGAUCCUCAGGAAGUGGAGGUGGCUUCCACCACGAGGGUGGGAUGAGCUCCAGCCGUGGCAGCGGAGGGGCCGGUGGCAGUGGAGGUGUGAGUGGCAGCCGACAUGGUGGCGGCUUUAGCUCCGGUAGCAGCCAUGCCAACAGAGGUUACAGCUCUGGGCCAGGAUACACAUCAGGAAGCAGCUCAAGUAUGCACAGCACAACCAGAAGAGCCUGCUAAAACUCAAGGAACAUGUAAUCUUAUGCUGCAUUCAUCCAAAAUUAUGGAAUAGAAUAUUUACAAUUUGCUGACCUCUAUAGCAUAUGGCACUAUCUUUAAGCUUUAUCUUAAUCUCAACAUGACAGGAGUGAAUAAAAUAUCAGCCAGUCAAUGUAAUCACUGCUAAAGGCACAAACUAAACAUAAACUACACUGAAAUAUGCAGAGUGCUAGACACAUAGUAAAAAUGAAUAUUUGGGAAUUACCACCGCUGCAUUGAUAAUGUACAGAUUAUUUAGCAUAUCUUGAUCUGUUUUCAGUAAAGUAGUUUACGUGGUUCUAACUUUGUCACUUAUUGUUAAAAGCCAUUG